AGUGGGAAGAGGCACCGCGAAACAAACACAGGAGCAUCUGUUCAGCUGAUCGCAUUAGGUCCUCACGCUGCUGCUGCUGCCACUUCGCUCUCUGCCUAUGCAGCCAUCCGUGCAUUUAGACAAACACACAGACAGAUAGAGCGUACGGGUAGGGCUGGAAACGUCGGGAGCUGCGGAAGGCUGCAGAGCUCCUCUGUGGAGCAGACGCAACGGAGAGGAGGCUCUGUUUCCCUCAACAGGGGAACGUUACGAAACACAAGUGGAGCGACCGCGGUUGAGGAUUUGGGCAGCGCAGCGUUGAGGUUGCUUCCAUCCUGCCCAUUGGCGUUGGGAGCUAUGGAGCGUUUCCCUUCCCCCAGCCCCUACGGGGUGCAGGACCCUGGUCCCCCAACCCGGUGAAGCCACGGGGCCCCAGCAAGGGACGGCGACGGUGAGCAGGGAGCGUGUGCCGGGCUGGGUUAGUUACCGAUAUGAACAGCUGGAAAGACCGGAACGCCGUGCAGACACCGGCAGCACGGAGGGUGCUCGGGAGGAUUACGGCUCUGCGUGCUGCAAGGGGGAGGCAGGAGGAGGAUUAGUGGGGAAGGGCAGAGGGAGCAGGAUUUAUCAGCUUUUCAGAUAUGCAUUACAGCUUUCGUAAUAUUUCACUGGAUUGUCUAGGACUUUGCCUGGCUAUAAGAGGAGUUCCUCGACCAUAACCGAAAGGUUUCGGCAUCGGCUGUCAGGCGGCUCGGCAGUGCAGGACAAUGGCAUCACCCUGUGUGUGUGAGGAACCUCGUGGCCAGCCGGGAGCCUGAGGCUGGUGGUAGUGCCGCAUUCUGCCACGGCCAACCAGGGAGAAGGCUUUUUGUCACGAGAAGGCACUGAAGUGAUGGGCUGAACUUAUGGGAGGAACCAGCACCCGGCCAGGCAGAGAUUCAAGAGCCUGUCGGGAGCUGUGAAGGACCCGGUUUCAGCAAGGGCAUGGCCAGAGCUUUCUUCAGGCUACAGAAGUUUCUCCGUCGGACCCAGUUUCUGCUCUUUUUCCUCACAGCAGCUUACCUGAUGGCUGGCAGCCUCCUGCUGCUCCAGCGGACCCGCUUGGUUAUCCAGCAAGGUUCACGUGGGACCUCUGCUAAUCAGGCCUUGCCAGUGCCGGAUGGGAUGUCUGGGGUUGGGAUCAUAGAUCCUAGGAUGCUGCCAAACCCCCCCUCUGGUCCCCGGCUGCUGGUGGGCAUGGACACGCUGCAGGAGCCAGCGCUGGACCAACGGCACAGCCCACGGUGGCUCGCGUCCCGCAACUCAGAGCUCAGACAGUUGAGAAGAAGGUGGUUCCAUAGGUUCAUCAGCGAUCAGGAGCCCAUGCAAACAGCGGGAUUUAAAGCGAUGAAGCACACUGCUGAACACAAAGGCACCUACAUGGGAUGCUUCAGUGAUGAUUCGAGGGAGAGGACACUGAAGGGAGCUGUGUUUUAUGACUUAAGAAAAAUGACAGUAUCUCACUGUCAGGAGGCGUGCGCUGAGAGGGCUUACACCUACGCUGGUCUGGCGUACGGAGCCGAGUGCUACUGCGGGAACAAGCUCCCAGUGAUCACCUCCAAGCCUGAGGAGUGCAACAGCGAGUGCAAGGGGGAGAAAGGCUCUGUCUGCGGAGGGGUAAACCGUCUCUCAGUCUACAAGGUGGAGGAGCUGCGAGCAGGAGCGAGACGACGGAGGAAUGUUAUCUAUCGAGGAUGUUUUAGAGCUCCAGAAAAUUUAACAGACACCUUUCCAGCCUCUUUGACACAGCCCAAUUUGACGGUGGAGAUGUGCUCUGAAUUUUGCUCCAAGAAAGAGUUUCCCUUGGCAGUCAUCCGAGGGCAGGAGUGCUACUGCGGCUAUCCCACCGGGCGCUUCCCGCUGCACGACGGCGCCGAUGGGCUGCUCUGCAGUGGGAUGCACAACGCCAGCAGUGCCAACGAAGGAAAAUACUGCCUGGUCUAUCAGACACCAGUGCAAGACACCCGCUGCACGGACAGGAAAUUCUUAACCACCAAAUCCAAAGUGUUUGUUGCUUUGUCAAGCUUUCCUGGGGCUGGGAAUACGUGGGCUCGCCAUUUGAUAGAGCAUGCCACAGGAUACUACACGGGAAGCUAUUACUUUGAUGGAGCCCUCUACAACAAAGGUUUUAAAGGAGAAAAAGAUCACUGGAGAAGCAGAAGGACCAUCUGUGUGAAAACACAUGAAAGUGGCAAGACAGAGAUUGAAAUGUUUGACUCAGCGAUCCUGUUGAUAAGGAACCCAUACAAGUCACUGAUGGCAGAGUUCAACAGGAAAUACGCCGGGCACUUGGGAUACGCCACAGACCGCAACUGGAAGAGCAAAGAGUGGCCCGAGUUCGUGAACAGCUAUGCUUCUUGGUGGGCCUCCCACGUCCUGGACUGGCUGAAGUACGGGAAACGCCUGCUCGUCGUCCACUACGAGGACCUGAAGCAAAGCCUCAUCCCCAAACUGAAGGAAAUGGUGGAGUUUCUCAACAUGACAGUGACAGAGGACCGACUGCUUUGCGUUGAGAACAACAGGGAUGGGAACUUCAAGCGAUCUGGUGCUAAGCAAAAGGAUUUUCAGCCAUUCACCCAGGAAAUGAAAGAUCUUAUCAACCAAUACAUCUUGACAGUGGAUGAAGCUCUGCGGGGAAGAAACUUCACAGGGCUGCCCAGAGAGUAUGUGCCAAGAUGAUGGCCUGGCAGCACUCUGCUGUGCAUAAAAAUAAAACUGUUUUUUCUUAAAAAAAAAAAAAAAGGAAAAAAAAAAGAAAAGACUAGACCUUUACAGUUAAAGCAAAGAUACUUGUGGAGUCUGCUGAAUGGUGCAAAUUCUCUCCACUCUUGGGUGUUUUUCAGGGUACUAAGUGCUCCAGAAGGCAAGCAGUGAAGGACGAAAGUCGUGUUACAAACCAAGGCAAAAAGCUAUUAUUGUCUAUCUGCGUCUGCCCCUUCCCGCACAAGCGGCUCAGCCAAGCACCCCUGCCUCCGCAGCAGGCAUCCCACCUUCCCAUCCCUGCUGCCAUCACAGGCCUGCCGGAGGCUGCCUUGGCUUGGUUUCCACAGCAGCUGUGUCGGGAAUGGACAUUCGGAAAGGGCAGGGUGGGAACGUCUUAACACUCAUCAAGAAUUUUCUGAGCACUUAAGAAAAGCAGUUGCUCUCUUCUUAGCGUGACCCACUACCUUCCUUAUCGCAGGUUGUGCUGGGCAGGUCAGCUGCCCCGGUGGUGCAGGGGGAGAAAAACACCAUUGGGCAAAGGUGCCCAGAAUAUUGGGCAGAGAGAUGCUCUAGAACUGACCCCAGGGAUGGCAUUGCCUGUGUCCUAGUGAGCUCGGCAGGAAGGGGGGCAGCUGCAGCAUCUCCCCACAGUGAGGUGCACAGCCAGGGACCCAUAGGAGAAAAGAGCAAUUCAGCAUGACUGGGAUUGGAAACCUCUGGGUGUCACCAGACCCAAGAUCUGGCCCCAGGAGUGUGGAUGAGGCCCCAGAGGGGUGGAGGCUGUUGCCGGUGUCAGGGGCUCAGCACAGGUUUCUGUGCCUCCAGCCCUGCACCCACAGUCACUGUGGAUCCAGGGAGACACCAGCACCAAACGUCACUGCAUUUGGUGUUAGAAGAUGCCAACCUCCACACGGGCAGGAUCCUAUCUCCCCUCCUGCCCCGGAGGAACACUGAUGCAAUCCAGCCUGAAAAAGGUUAAGCUACUUAUUAUUGCUCUCUGGAGCCACCACGCAGCGAUGCAUGUUUGAUUACUGACUUACCGCAGGUCCCUGUGGUUUGUCUCGUCCCACACUGGGCCACGUGCACCGCACGGAGGGAGCGCGGUGCUGCCCGCAGGCAGGAGCCACCGCAGCAGCUUGGAGAUGGUUUGAACCACACAGCCCAAGGGGCUGCUCUGCUGCCAGGUGCUUUU